UGGGUUAAGGUUUGAGGUUAUGUGACGGAAGGAAUGAAAUAAGAGGGUUCCAUGGCAUCGUAAGGUUUGAAAACCACUGUUCUAGAUAACAAGUAAAAGCAGUUAGCUACAGCCUUACUUCUGAAACUACUGUGUAUUGUUGAAACUCGUGAUACGGCCACAAGAAGCUGUGAAAGUAUAUAAAUACCCGCAUGUAAUGGUGCAUGAGAUAUUUAGUGCGCAUACAACGAAACAGGUUAGAGCUCAUGAGGAAGGUGUUCACGAGGAAUACGGGAUUCUGCGAGAUUUAAUCUUCAUCUCCCUCAUCCUAGUGAAAUCAAUAUGAGCGCUGGAAUAUCUUGUACAAGAUUUAGCGAUAAUUACGAAGUUAAAGAAGAGCUUGGAAAAGGUGCUUUUUCCAUUGUAAGAAGAUGCAUUCAGAAGUCUACUGGGUUAGAAUUUGCUGCAAAAAUUAUCAACACCAAGAAGUUAUCUGCAAGAGAUUUCCAGAAGUUAGAAAGAGAAGCACGAAUUUGUCGCAAGCUUAAUCAUCCAAAUAUAGUUCGCCUGCAUGACAGCAUACAAGAGGAAGCAUUUCACUAUUUAAUUUUUGAUCUUGUAACAGGUGGUGAGUUGUUUGAAGACAUCGUAGCGAGAGAAUACUACAGUGAAGCUGAUGCAAGCCACUGUAUUCAGCAGAUAUUGGAAAGUGUCCACCAUUGUCAUCAAAACAGUGUGGUACAUAGAGAUCUCAAGCCAGAGAACCUUCUUUUAGCAAGUAAGGCAAAGGGAGCAGCUGUAAAACUGGCAGAUUUUGGUCUUGCUAUAGAAGUGCAGGGUGACCAGCAAGCUUGGUAUGGCUUUGCAGGUACACCAGGUUAUCUAUCACCAGAAGUCCUUAAGAAAGACCCCUAUGGUAAACCAGUUGAUAUAUGGGCUUGUGGAGUGAUACUGUACAUAUUAUUAGUUGGUUAUCCUCCAUUCUGGGAUGAAGACCAACAUAGACUGUAUGCGCAGAUUAAAGCUGGUGCAUAUGAUUAUCCUUCCCCUGAGUGGGACACAGUUACCCCAGAAGCCAAGAAUCUCAUUAACAGUAUGUUAACUGUGAAUCCUGCUAAGAGGAUCACAGCUUCAGAAGCUUUGAAACAUCCUUGGAUAUGUCAGAGGGAACGAGUAGCUUCAACACUUCAUCGUCAAGAAACUGUAGAAUGCUUGAAGAAGUUCAAUGCUCGGCGUAAACUCAAAGGAGCCAUUUUGACUACAAUGCUGGCAACUCGUAAUUUUUCUAGCCAUAUUGCUACAAGUUCAGGUCGUAGCAUUAUAACAAAGAAAGGGGAAGGAUCUCAAGUUAAAGAGUCAACUGACAGCAGCACAACCCUGGAGGAAGAGGAUGUAAAAGAUGGUAGUUCUGGUCCAGAACGAAGCAAAACUGUCAUUCAACUUGAUGCAGUCAAAGUUCCAAUUCCUGAGAGUAAACCCCUAGCCAAACCUGACUCUGAGGCUGGCCAAAUCGUCAUUCGAGCUAUAAGGAACAAUAAUGGUGGUGCUGUUGAUUCACGCAAGUCAGAGAUAAUCAAAAUCACAGAACAACUUAUAGAAGCCAUAAGCAGUGGUGAUUUUCAGAGUUACACGAAAUACUGUGAUCCCCACUUAACAUCUUUUGAACCUGAAGCCCUCGGAAAUUUGGUAGAAGGAAUGGAUUUUCACAAAUUUUACUUUGAUAAUGUUUUAGGAAAGAACAGUAAGCUCGUGAACACAACAAUCCUCAAUCCUGUAGUCCAUUUACUUGGCGAGGAUGCAGCUUGUAUUGCCUACAUACGCCUUACCCAGUAUAUGGAUAAAUCAGGGAUUGCUCAUACUCGGCAAUCUGAAGAAACCAGAGUUUGGCAGAAGAAGGAUGGAAAAUGGCAAAAUGUUCACUUCCACCGUUCAGGUUCACCUUCUUCUCCCUUUGCAACUUCCUAAAAAUCAAAUCAGGGUAUUUUUUUAGUCAGUCUAUCAGCUUUGUGGGCUUUGGCUGUGGUCAGUUCAACAUGGCUAUCUGUUUUGUACCCACAGUUUCAGCCUGUGUGUUUUGAAGAUAUGUGUGAUCUAAGAAUAUUUUUCCCCUCCUGCUUCUGCUCAGACUUUUUCUCAGCAUUGAGCUGUAUGUAUAGCAUCUUAAAAGAUUGAAGUAAAUGAUACAAAAAGAAAUGUGAAAGUGGAAGCCACAGACCAAGCAGCAGCUGUGAAAUGACUCUCAACUGAAUUUUGCUUUAGAUAUUUCAUACAAUCUUCUUCUUAUUAUCCUUGUGCUAAAGUCAAAUGUAAAGCCAAAUAUUUGAUGAAUGUUUUUGCAUAUCAUGUUUUAGACUGUUUCUAUUAGCUGUUUCCGAGAGUUAUACUGUUGUUAUCUGAUUAAGGUUGUAAGUGUUUAACACUGAUUGAAGACUUGUAAGAUAUAUUCACUUCUGUUAAGCUCUACUAACUGAAUAGGUAUCAGGUGUAAAGGAUAGUCAUAUAAGAUCUUAAGUGUAAGUAUAAAUUUAAAGCAGUUCAAGAAUGAAUAAAUAUUAACUGUUAUGGAAUGGGAUGAUAUUAAAUUCAGUUGAAGACCUUAUAUUGUUUCUAGACUUUGUUUCACGAGUAUUGCUUCUAAAAUAUGAAAAACGUACUUCUAAUCACGCACUUAAUAGCUACAAAGUUUUUAAUAACUUUCCAAACAUGAAUAAAAAAACAUUUUAUGAAACUAUUAUUGAAAAUUUGAGAUUUUAUUGUUGGAUGUAUUUUACUUUGUUUUUGUUUUUUUUAAAGAAUCAGUUAUUGCUUGUUGCAAGUUUUAUUUUUGUGUAGUCUUUAGUUUAUGGGUUGUUUCCUUUAUGUACAAAAAUUAUUUAUAAAUGUUAAAAAUUUAAAUUAAACUUUUUAUGUCCUAAGCCCAAAAAAGAUCAAAUAUGUGUAGGUUUAAACUGUUUUUUCCUCUAUACUCUUUAUCAGAAUGGGGCUCAUUUAUGGGUCAUCACUAAAAAUUUUACUUUACUUUCUUCUGUGCUACAUUUCUUAUUUUACAGAAUGAUAAGUUAUAUAUGGUUGGCUGAUUAAUUUAUCACAGGAAAAAGAAAUAAUUACAAUGUUCUCACAAGCAACUGUAGAGAUUUAGUUAUAAAAGAAACAUAUUCAAAUGAAUAUUUUUAAUACUUGCUAACCCAAAUAAUUCUGUAGUACAGUAGAAAAUAUCUUAUUUCACAAAGUAGUUACUGCUUUACAAAAUAUUUAAAAGUAUAAAUUGAGUUUAAUAAUUAUUUGAAGAUUUAAUUCUUUGUAAACAUUUCUUUCCGUUAAUAAGGUUCUUUUUACUAAACACCAAGAAAAACACUGUUGUAGAGCACUUGUGUUCUACUAUUGCUUGAUUUUCAGUUAAAGAAAAUCAAGUGCUUCAAGUUAUGUGUUUUUUUCUUUUUUAUAACUUUUACAAACAAAGUUUUAUUGUAUUUAAUCAUGGGUGAGCUAAGAAUAUGUGCUAAAUGCUUCAUCAUAUUGCACAUAUGGGGGCUAUAUAUUUUUGAGUUUAUAUGUAACAAACAGUAUAUUUAGUUAAUAUUCCAUUCUUUUGGAAUAAUGAAUCUAUGUUAGUUUGAAAAAUGUUAGUGUUUUGAGUUCAUGGACUUACUGGUGAAUUUAUUGUAGUCAUUGAAAAUGUAGUUUACAGAAAAAUAGCUUGAACAUCAUCUUAGUUCAGCACCAUACUAAAAUGCUAGUAACGAACAUGUUUAUUAUAUUAACCAUUCUACUGACUUUCUUGUACCACAUAUUUCUGACUUGUUUGAUGUAUUAUAACAUUAGAAAAGAUAAGAAAGCUUUCUGUAGACAGAGGAAUCUUUACUUCUGGAACUGUUCAAGUUUGUGUAAAGUACUCUUUAUGCAUGUUAAUACUGCACAUAUUAAUUGUGCAUAUAGACAUGUUGCCAUAAAGAAUCUCUUCUGAUUCAGUGUGUCAGAUAUAUAUUGUCUUAAUUUUGCAUAAGUUGAUAUUUGAUACAGGUGAUGUGAUUAUUUAUGUAGAAUUAAGGAAGCUGGCUUAAUUGUUGCUCUGGAAACAAAAUAGAAAUCAUUGUAAUUAAAGUUUGAUACCUAAAAAGAAGUGCAUAUUUUAAAGAAAUUGGCUCAUUAUAGUGAAAAAACAUAUCUAUAAAGAUAUUAGCUUUAAUACUGAAACGAAAGGUCAAAGGGGAUAAAUUCAUUAUACUGUAAACAGAGUAAAGGUCCAGAGGGCAAGGAUUAUUUUUUAUUAAAACUGCACCCAGGUUUAGCACAAGACAAUUGUGGUACUGAAAUCACAUUUUAGGUCUAGGCAAGUAUAUUCAUCAUAGUUAAAAUAAAUAGUAUGCCCAUACAAUUAGUACAAAACAUAGAUUUUGUAGGUAACUUCAUUAUAAACAUAAGCCUGGAAAGUGAGGUUCAUUGUAGUGAAAAUACAAGUCUUUGAAGGUGUGUUUAUAGAGUGUAGGAAACAAAGCAUAUGUUUAUGGAGGGAUACCGAUUGUAUUGAAAACAGAACUUAGAUAUAGAAUAGGUUGUUUAUUGUAUUGAAAGCAUCUUGGGUGUAAGUUCAUUGUACUGAAAAAAAAACAAGUAUAAGGAGGUGUACUUUUGUAUUGAAAACAGAAAAUUAGUCUGUUAGAUAAAACAAAACUUACUGUUUUGAAAACAAAACACAGGUAUAGUGAGGUGUUUAUUGGAGUUCAUACUAAAAAAAAUGAACAAAAUGUUGAGUUUGGUGUAUCUUUUUAUUGAGAACUGAACUUAAGUUAUGGAGGGAGGUUUACUGUGUUGAAAACUAAAAAGUAGGUUGGAAUGCUUAAGGUAUUGAAAACAAAUCAAAACAAAACAUAAAUGUAACAAUGGAGAUUCUUUAUAUUAAAAUAUCAUGAAAUAUACCGAGGAUUAUUAAUUGUAUUGGAACAGAAUACUUGAAUUGGAAAGUGCAUUCAUUUAAUUGAAGAAAAACAAACAUGUUUAUGUAUGAAGUUCACUGUAGUCAAAUCAGUAUGUAUGUCAAGGGAGGGGAGCUUAUUAUCUGGAAUCCCAAAUUACAUUUAAUGAAGGUAGUUUUUUUGUGCUGAGGUCUAAGAUUGUAGUUAUCAUGUGCUGUAAACAUAUCAAAUAUUAGGAAGUUUAUUACGCAGAUAAUAAAAUGCGAGUCUAACAAGGUUGGCUUGUAAUGAAAACAAACGUGUAGUGAAGAGUUACCCUGAUUUAAAACAUAAUGGUGCAUUAAUUAUAUGUAAACACAUUAUUAAAUUAGCCAUAUAGAAAAUUAAACGGCUGUAUUAGACACCAAUAAAGCAUAAGAAUAGUCCUUUAGUUUAAGCUGAAAAUUGAAUUAUCCAAGAAAUGUAGUUCAUUGAAUGGAAAAUAUGUAGUUUUUUGUUUAAUAUAUAUUGAUAACAGAGGCCUAAUAAAGGGCAAUUCUCUGCUUAGAAA